GCCAGCGUCCUUUGUUAGCGCGUUAGCAUUAGCUUGCACGUCAAGUUGAGGUGAGCUCCAUCCGUAUACCCAAGGCAAGACGUCGCCGCAUCAAAACAGACUUCGACGCGUCCAUUUUGUUUAGUUUGUGACGCCGAGAGAAUGAGCGUUGAGACAUUGGCAUGGCAAGCCACUCCUGAUGACUUGACAGGCAGGCUGUUGAUGCUCUCCGAACGAUGUUGACGUCCAAACUGCUCCCUCGUCUUCGUUUGCUGCACAGGACCAUUUACGUCGCAAGUGGCAGUGCGCAGCCGGCGCUUCUGGCGUCCGCCCGCCCCCUCGGCAGCAGGGCGGCGCGUUACACCGCAGCGGCCGACGACCGCCGUCCGCCUCGAUGGCUCCGAGCGGAGCCGGAACCGGACGAGAUGCUGGUACCCCGCAAGCUGUGCGUGAGUCCUCUGGAAACGUGGCUCUCGCUGCGCUACUCUCUUCCUCCCCUGCCGCAGCGGGAGCUGCCAGUUCUUGAGGAGGACGUCGAUGCGCCCCUCGCUUGCAAAAACGUCCUGGAGAUCCGGCGCCGCAAAAUGAACCGGCACAAGUACAAGAAGCUGUUGAAACGGACCAAAUUCCUCAGGAGGAGAGUGCGGGAGAGCAGGGGCAGAAAGAAGCAGAACCGUUUUGAGAAGGACCUGAAACGGAUUUGGAUGCGCGCUGGGCUGAAGAAGGCGCCGGAGGGAUGGAACACGCCCAAGCUCUUCAUUAGACAACACGGAAACCGAAAAAACUGAGACCCUUUUGACCUGACGCGAGAUAAACAACUUGCUCUCCGUGGUCCCUGUCGUGCAGUCAGUCUGCUCUUGUUCCGUUUUUUUGUGAGCACCGGGCGCAGUUCAUCUUCGAUGCUGUAGGUGGCACUGUCGCCAAGCGAAGAAUGCCCACCGCAAUGACUACAACUCCCUCCCUCUUUCUGCGGUCUAGACAUUCUUGCUUGGAGAAUUAAAGUGGUGAAGUGAA